UCUCUCUCUCUCUCUCUCUCUCUCUCUCUCACUGUCGGCUACAGCCAUCGCUGAGAGCUACAUCCUUCUCCAACCAUGGCCUCUACGGCCGGCACUCGAAUCAUAUCUAUUGAACCCCACUCGCAAUUCGCCCAAGGAACAAUGAAAACCUCUCGAAUUCCCCGGAGGAUCUCUCUCAGGCGGUGCAGCGAUGGCUUCGUAAUGGCCAGCUUCGAAUCUGAUGGAGGCCUCAAUGGAAGGGGAAGAAAUGAAGACGCUAGGGCGCUUGAGGUGAAGAGGACCUUCAGUGAAUCAUUGCCGGAGAUUUCUUCCAAUACUCCAACACGACGAAGGCCUCUUACUGCCUCGGAUUUAUCCAGUUCGGUUAAUAGAUCUCGGCUUAGAGUGGCCUACCAGGGUCUUCCGGGAGCGUUCAGCGAAUCCGCAGCAGCAAAAGCUUACCCUAAUUGUGAAGCUGUUCCAUGCGAAUUGUUUGAGACGGCUUUUGAU